GUCCCUCCCAGUCCCCAUAACUCCAGUCCCAGUAUCCAUAACUCCCCUCCCAGUCCCUCCCAGUCCCUCCCAGUCCCCAUAACUCCCCUCCCAGUCCCUCCCAGUCCCUCCCAGUCCCCAUAACUCCCCUCCCAGUCCAUCCCAGUCCCUCCCAGUCCCCAUAACUCCCCUCCCAGUGCCCCCCAGCACCCACAUCCCCGUUCCCGCCAUGUCGUCGUGCGCGGAGCUGCUCCGUUUCCAGCUGCCGGGCCACGAGGCGGCGGCGCUGCGCUCGAUGACGCGGCUCCGCGCCGAGGAGCGUUUCUGCGACGUGACCAUCGUGGCGCGGAGCCUGCGCUUCCGCGGCCACCGCGUCAUCCUGGCGGCCUGCUCGCCCUUCCUGCGCGACCAGUUCCUGCUGAACCCCGCCGCCGAGCUGCGCGUGUCGCUGGCGCACAGCGCGCGCGUGCUGGCCGACCUGCUGCUCUCCUGCUACACCGGGGCGCUCGAGUUCGCCGGCAGGGACCUGGUGAAUUACCUGACGGCCGCCAGCUACCUGCAGAUGGAGCACGUGGUGGAGCGGUGCCGGGGGGCGCUGGCCCGGUUCAUCCAGCCCUCGCCCACCGCCCCGGUGCCGCCCCCCAAGAACGAGGAGGACGAGGAUGAGGAGGACGAGGAGGACACGACCGACGUUUGCAUCGUCAAGGUGGAGCCGGCCACGCGGCGCCGGGGCCGGAGGUGGCCGGCGGUGGCCGCCAGCGAGGUGGCGGCGAGCCAAGGUCCGGCCGGAGUGACCGCCGUGGUGGCCGCCACGCCGGACAACGCCACGGCACAGCAGCUCGGGGUGGUCAAGGCCUGCUACAGCCUGGCCGAGGACGCCGAGGGCGAGGGCUUGGUCAUCUUCCCCGGAGGUGGCAACACCACGGUGGCCACCAGCGAGGAACCGCCGGGCGGCCAAGGAGCCGUGGGCACCUCGAGCACCACCACACCCACCCCAUCAUCAUCAUCAUCCUCGUCAUCAUCAUCGUCCUCGUCGCGCUGUGGGAAGUGCGGGGAGAGCUUCCAGGGCGUGGAGAAGCUGGUGUUCCACAUGCGGGCGCAGCACUUCGUGUUCAUGUGCCCGCGCUGCGGCAAGCAGUUCAACCACAGCUCCAACCUGAACCGGCACAUGAACGUGCACCGCGGCGUGAAGUCGCACGGCUGCGGCGUCUGCGGCAAGAGCUUCACGCAGAAGUCGACGCUGCACGACCACCUGAACCUGCACAGCGGCGCGCGGCCCUACCGCUGCUCCUACUGCGACGUGCGCUUCGCCCACAAGCCGGCCAUCCGGCGGCACCUCAAGGAGCAGCACGGCAAGACCACGGCGCAGAACGUGCUGGAAGCGGGCGGGGCCGAGGGGGGCGUGGUCAUGCGUUGAUGUUGGGGAGGGGGGAGGGCCCAGU